GCGACAGCAUAUGCUUCUUUCACCAUUAUAUCUCUGAAAAUUGAACAUUUGUUUUCUAUUUGUGCUCAUCCACAACGUGACAACAUGUCCAAGCUCACUGUAACUGCAGGGCUCUGUUUGAUCAUCGCCAGCUUGGCUACAACCGGUUUAGCAGAUACUCCUGAAAACCCCUGUCAUGGAAAGGAUGAUGGGCUCUACGCCAACAGUGCUGAUCCACAUUCUUAUUACAACUGUGAUAAGGGAAUAGCCCACCUCCAACACUGCUCAGCAGGUUUGGUCUUCAACCAAGUGAUCAACAACUGUGACUAUCCCCAGAAUACUGGAACAUUCUGUGUUGGAAAGGAUGAUGGGCAAUACUCCAACACUGCUGAUCCACAUUCUUAUUACAACUGUGAUAAGGGAAUAGCCCACCUCCAACACUGCUCAGCAGGUUUGGUCUUCAACCAAGUGAUCAACAACUGUGACUAUCCCCAGAAUACUGGAACAUUCUGUGUUGGAAAGGAUGAUGGGCAAUACUCCAACACUGCUGAUCCACAUUCUUUUUACAACUGUGGUGGUAAAAGAACCUUCCUCCAAUACUGCCCACCAGAUUUGAUCUUUAACGAAGAGGACAACUGCUGUGGUUAUCCCAAGUCAUCCACUCCGACAAAUACUGGAACAUUCUGUGAUAAAAAGGAUAAUGGGCGCUACGCCAACCCUGAUGACCCAACCAGUUUUUACGAAUGUUUGAAUCAGAUAACAUACAACAAUAUAUGUACAACAGGGUUGGUCUUCAAGCAAACCUGUGGCCCUCCCAAGUCACCUUCUACAAACUCAUGUACUGCCAAUAAUGGACACUUUGCUAACGCUAAUGACCCAACAACAUUUGUCAACUGUGGGAAUGGGAAGUGCACUAUCCAAAAAUGCUCAGCAGGUUUGAUCUUUAAACAAAGCUGCACGUGCUGUGACCAUCCCUAGUCAUCCACUCCGACAGAUACUGUAAACCUCUGUGAUGGAAAGAAAUAUGGGUACUACAUCCAGCUUGAUAACUCAUAUUUUUCACAUUUGGCUUACAGGUAGAAAAAUUGCUUUAUAAUGGUACUGCUGGGUUUUAUAGGCCUGACUUAUAUACACUUAUUUCAAUACAUUUUAAAACACAAUUCAUGUAUCAAAUGUUCGGCACUAAUAUUUUCAGAUUGAUUUCCAUCAGCUCCCUGUGCCUGCGUACAUGUUAAAGUGGAAAUGUCCAACCAUCCAUAUCUAUCAAUAUACAUUUAAUCUGACAGGCUUUACUUAUUUUAUUAGUUAUUGUUGGUGUUUCUAAUUCUGUUGCAUUGGUGUGCUCUUGUUCGUUUAUAUUUUAUGUUUAAUAAAAUCACGCAUCA